AUGGCGUUCCGCCCGGAUACGCUCGUAACUCGCCAAGUCGCGACGCAUGCGACGUCCAGUGCAGAGGAUAUGCAUGCUGGAGAUAUAUGGCGAAGCUCGGCGGCCAAACAGGAGCAAAAGCGAUGGGCCGAGCAGAGCGAAAAAGGUACGUGCGAGUGGCUCACCGCAGCCCUGUACCAAGACAGUGCCUUUAAGAGGCACCAGAGCCAAGUAGAAAAGGUGCUCGCGAGGUUUGACAGUGUGGCGGAAUGGGCCGAUUUCAUCUCGUUUCUCGGGCGCCUGCUCAAGGCACUGCAGGCGGCGCCUAAGUACAACGUGAUCCCUAGCAAACUGAUUGUUGCCAAGCGAUUGUCGCAGUGCCUGAACCCCGCACUACCAUCGGGAGUGCAUGCGCGAGCACUGGAGGUGUACAGGCACAUUUUUGCGGUCAUCGGCGUCGAUGGACUGAGGCGUGACCUCCCUGUGUGGACGCCUGGUCUGCUGCCCUUCUUCCCCCAUGCCGCGACGUCGAUUAAGCCAGUGGUCCUGAGCCUGUAUGAGACAUACUAUCUGCCGCUGAGUGUGGACCUGCGCCCUGUGACGCGUGCCAUGCUCCUGUCGCUGCUCCCCGGACUGGAGGAGGAGUCGAGUGAGUUUUUCGACCGCGUGGUGGCGCUUCUGGACCAGCUGUCGCACAGUGUACAGCUGUCCUUCUUCUUGCAGACUAUGUGGCAUGUCAUGAUCAUGACGCCCAGCGUGCGUCUCUGUGCGUUUCACUACCUGGCGCGCCGAAUGCCCCGCAUCGGCGAGCCAGCAUCGCCGCCGCUGGAAAGUCUCCAUGUAUCGCUGCUCAGCUCUGCCAUCGCACAGACGCUGCGGGACGAUACGCUCCUGGUACGUCGGCAGGCGCUGGACUUUCUGGUGCAGCACAUGGCCCUCACAUCGCCAAUCUAUGCGGCACUUCCGCCGCCGCAGUGCGCGUCGCUGGUGGACGCAGUGCUGGGAACAGUGCUGCGCCGCGAUAUCAGCCUGAACCGCCGCCUGUACGCGUGGCUCCUCGGCACAGCAGACACAGACGAAGCGCAGCAGACAUACUUUUGCGAGCAUGCACUAGAGAGCGUGGCGCAAACCCUGCGGGGUGCCAUGAGCCGUGACUCGGAGUUACAGCGACCUUUCAAGGUACUGGUAUCGCUCAUGGACAAGCGAGCGCUCGCACAGCCGCUGCUAAGCUCGAUCGUGCUCGAUGUGUGUUCGGCGCUGCAGCGCGACUCGGCUGUGCGCGAGGAUGUAUACCCUACGGCCCAGACCCUCUUUGAAGCCCUGGAUGCGCAUGUGCUGUACCAGCAGCUCUACCGCGCUGUGGUUGACCAGGUGCAUGGCCGCACCGAGUGCAAUCGUGUGGGCCUUCUCCGACACAUCCUGUCGUUGUUUGAGCCGCACGACGAGGAUGUCAAGACGGUGUACCUGCCGAUCCUAUGCAUGGCCUUGGCUGCCCAGCUGCAGGACGGUAUGGCCGCGGACACGCUGCCGGGUCCUCUUGCGAUCGCCGUCCUCGAACUGAUGCAGGACAUGGUGCAGCGCCUGGACACCCGGGCGCUCCGACUGCACACGCCGUCUGAGUCCAUUGCCUCGCUUCAUGAGCCUGCACGCCAGUGGUUCGGUGAUGCACCGCCCGAUCAUCCAUCUACGAUGCAGGACCCGACGUACUUGACCGGGCUGCUCGAGUCGCUUCUGCGUGUGGCUCUGCAGCUGGCCCCCAACGUAUCGUGGAGUACGGGGCAUCGCCAGAGCCUCACACGCAUUGUGUGUGCAGUGGUGAGGCGCAUCGUGGCACUCCUAGAUGAGGCACAGGCGGAUGCCGAGACACAAACGGUGCUGUCUCUCGCGUCCUGGAAUACGCCGCUGUUUCACGCGAUCUCUGAGGCCACGGCAUUCGAGGAGGUGCACGAUGUCCUUCGCAUGGCGCUGCAAAUGAGCGCGUCGCACUCACUGGACUUCUGCAUCGACUUGUCGCGGCACGAGCACUUGGAUGUGGUGAUGCAGCAGCUGCUGACCUACCUGCAGCCGGACGCCUUCUGGCACCACGAGGCGGCCGUGGCUCUGUUUGUCGAUGUGUGCCCUUUGGCAGCAGACGACUAUGCCACGACGCUGCUGUGCACGCUCCUUACACAACCUGGUCCCCUGCGCCCUCGCGUCAUGAGCGCGCUGGGCACCGUAUGGCGCCUAGACGAGCGUGCGUGCUCGCAGAUGGAAGCGUGCCUGUUCCUCAUCCUCGACCGCCUGCGCUCGCACGACACGGCAGAGAAGCACGAGUGUGAGUUGUGGCUCUGUGCGUAUGUCUCGUCGUAUGAUGCACUCUUGACAAUGCUCGUGGACCACUUGGUGCGUGUCGAAGCGGAGCGCGUGUGGCAGCCUGUUACGGUGGCGGAUCGCGCCAUUCCUGCAUACGCGUAUGCGGCGCCCUUUGACCAGGCGUACACAGACUACUACCUGGCGACAUUGGCUUCGCUGCUUGCUGUCGCGGGCUCGCGCGCUCUGCGGGCCGCGCAGGAAGUGACGUAUACUUGGGACGACAGCGUGGAGCGCUAUGGUAUGGACCAGACACUUCCACUCGCGGAUGUGCUGAAAAACUACAUCCUCGUGCUCCUGCGCUCGCUGCCCGGCGAUGCAGCGUGUGCGACGCUUAGCACCACCUCGCUGUGCCUCGAGAUUCUGCGCCUGAUGCUGGUCAUCGAACCGCCGGCCGCCUGGUGGGGGGAUGUAGAAACGGCGCUGGCCGAUGUGCUGUUGCUGGCCAUGAACCGUGGUGACUCUGACACGCAAGUCAUGGUACUUCGCACGCUGCGGGAAGUGCUCCUCGUGCAAUACGACGCCGCGCCCCUUAGCGAGGAGGCGAGCGCGCAGUUCCUGGAGCUCGUCCGUCGAGGUCUUAUGUCCACGCCCUCCGACACAGUGUUCUUUGCAUGGACCGACUUGGCGCACACAUUGCUGCCUCUCGCGCGCCAGUCUGUCAACGAGUUUAUGCUGCCACUGUGUGUGUGUGUGCAGGCCAUGCUCGUCCAGGCCAUGCCCCAGAGCGACGCGGCACACCGGCAGGCCAUGCGUCCCGCGAGCGAGAUGGACGUGGCGCGUGUGCCGAGCACAGCACUCGAAAUCAACCAGAUGAUCUCGCUGCUGGAGCACGCGCUCGUGCAGGCCCUCUCGUCUCGACAUUUGAUCGAGUCAGAGCGCAGCACGCGCCCGAGUGAGCCGGCAGGGAGCUUUUUGGGCAACAUUUCCAGUGUCUUUCUCAGCGACAGCGGCGCUGUACCAGCCGCGCAGCAUAUAUCUUCGCCCAUGCUGCGCCCUGCUGCCCAGGUUGUGCAGAGGCUCAUGUAUGUCUGGGUCGUCGCCCAUGCCGAUACGCACUGGCACUCGGUUCUCACACGCAGCUUUUCGGCCCUGGGACGUUUCUACGGGCUGCACGCCGAAGCCACAUUGGAGGCCCUUGUCGAGCACUGGUGGAGCAGCAGCAUGCGCGCCUCCAACAUGGCUGUCGAGCGCGUGCACGCCGAGACCAUCGAGCUGCUCGAGUCGCUGGCUGGCAGCGCCCAGAUCAUCUUCACUUCGCUGUGCGACUCGAUUGCAGCGCGUAUGCCUGUGACGGACCGCAGCAAGCGUGCCCCGCGCCAGGGGCUCGUGAGCGAGUCAAUUUUGUUCCGCUUUCUCGAGACAUACGCCGCCCAGCUCGACGCCGAGUCACUCGCACAGGUUUGGCCGGUGCUGGCGAUGCUCGUUAAGAGUGUUAGCACUUCUGGACACAGGGCUUUGGCAUUCGAUGCACUGCGACUCGUUACGGAGACGGGCACGAGACUGGCUCAAACACGCUCGUUUGAAGAUGCACGGAUGCGGCGCGACAUUCAAGACGCUUUUGUGCGACUCUAUGAGCUUGUGAUUACGCUAUACGCUCGCACACUCGACCUGUCCUCCUCCAACAAAGACAGCGACUCGUUAUCGGUGCUCAGUGAGCGGGAGGAGGGCGCAGAGGGACCUCCGGCACCUGCGCCCGCUGCGGUCGUGCAAUAUUUAGGUGCGCGGGUUGUGCCAGCGCUCGGUCCGCUAAUGAUCGAUACCGACAAAAGCACGGCGCUCUGCACGAGUUUGGUGUACUACGUCAUUGCGCCCGGCUUCAAGGCGCGAUCACGGGGGGGGGACUGGGAGCCGCUUGUGCUCGAUACCCUGGCGCAUGUGAGUCGCGUGCCCCACUCGAGCAAGACGUGGCGCACACCGGUACUGGAGACGUUCAUGGACCCCAAGUUCUUUGCCCAGUCGCCGCAGAUGGGCCAGCAGUGGGCGCCUAUCGUGGCCGCGCUUCUGGGGGCCGAGCGCGAGCGGUUCGCAGACAUCAUUGGGCGUAUUGUGCCGGCACCUUCGGCGAAUCUCUUUACGAGUCGCGAGUCGGACCUCCUGGCGCGUGUAUGCGCAAUCCGACGACUCUCGUACACAGUGUAUGCCGAGAAGCGCCAUGCGUUCUUGGCACAGCUACCGCAGAUGCAGGAGAAAGUGGUCGAAAUCCUGCGGUCAGGGCCCGCGGACGUCGUACACGCCGAACUGUAUCUACUGAUGCGUGUGCUGUUGUGCCGCUUCGACUCGCAGCACCUGACAGGGUUCUGGCCUAUCAUCCUAACGGAAGUCUUGCGCAUCUUGGGCGACGCCAAAGCGCAACUUCCUAAAGAGAACUCGGGCAAGCUGCACCUCCUCUUCAGUGUGGCCAAGCUCGCCGACUUUCUCAUUACGCUGCAGACGGAUGACUUUCAGAUUCACCAGUGGCUCCUCAUCACUGACACGCCAGAUGCACUCCGUACGUCGACGAGCUGGGCGCCCGAGUCGCUUCUAGACUCUCUAGGCGAUCUAAUUACACAGGAUCACCCUGAAGUCGACACACAAGGUCAUGGUGUGCUAACCAUGGCCCAACAGCGUCGACCCAUGCUUCAAAUCUCGCGGGCACGGUCCUUAUCAGAUCUUGUGCCAUUUUUCUUACACGCAUCACGGGCAUUCUAUGAAAACGAGAUGGUACAGGAGAUGGACUGGGAUAAUAUCAACGGACGUCUCUUAGAUGAUUUGUUCGAAUCGAUUCGCCUUAGUUAA